AUGAAGUCCUUCUCCCCCGUUGCUAUGGCCCUUCUGGCCGCGGCUGGUGUGGUCGCCGCCGAUAUGUCGACCUCUCAGUGCGCUUCUAUGUGUAUCUCCAACAUGAACGCCAAGGCCUCCCAACUGGGCUGCCAGUCCGGUGACAUGGACUGCCUGUGCAAGAACGAGAACUACUCCUACGGGAUCCGUGACUGCACUAUCCAGGCCUGUCCCGGCGACAACGCCGAGGAGGUCCUGAAGAUGGCUCUGGCGAAGUGUCCUAGUGGCUCUGGCUCCAGCUCCAGCUCCAGCUCCAGCUCCAGCUCCAGCUCCAACACCAACGGCGGCUCCAGCUCCAACACCAACGGCGGCUCCAGCUCCAACACCAACGGCGGCUCCAGCUCCAACACCAACGGCGGCUCCAGCUCCAACACCAACGGCGGCUCCAGCUCCAUGACCUCCAGCGGCAUGACCGGCACCACAACUGGCACCACAACUGGCACCACAACUGGCACCACGACUGGCACCACGACUGACACCACGACUGGCACCACCACCAUGACGAACACCAUGACGACCACCAUGACGACCAUGACUGGUACCAACACCGUCUCUGGCUCGAGUGCUACCGAGACCUCUGGCUCUGGCAAUGGCAGCAACAACGACAACACCUCCACCGGCUCUGGCUCUGGCUCCAGCUCUGCUCCCUCCUCCAGCACGGGCGGUGGUCACCCCAUGGCUACCGUCGGCAGCGGUGCGGUCGGUGCCCUCGGCCUCGCUGCUCUGCUGGUGCUGUAA